AUGGCGAAACCAUUGUCCGCCUGUCGAGUUUACGCCAGCACCCUCAUCUCCAUUGAGAAUCUCCCAUAUGCGAACCUUGACAAAGAAAUCCACAUCGUUCUGGCCUUCGCCAGAGAUUAUGAUGCUCAAGGAAAAAACCAGACCGGAAAAUUUUUUCCCUACUUUGAUACGAGUUCGUUGAAUGCGGAAGCAAUCCAGAACAUCAAGGGCAGAGCCGAGUCCACUCCGGUCAAGUUCUUCCUCAGCAUCGGAGGCCGUAACCCCAAAUUCCCAUUCGCCGUCACCUCUGCUCAGCAAUCCGAUUGGAUCAAAAACGCCACCGAAACUCUCAAGCAGAUCGUCCAGAAUUACAGCAUCGACGGCAUCGACGUCUAUUACGAACACAUCAACUUUGAUGCCAGGGACCAGUUUGGGAGGGCAAUAGCGACGGUGAUACGGAAUCUGAAGAAAGAUGAAACCAUCACCGACGCUUCCAUCACUGUGUCAUCUCCUUUCAAAAAUGACUAUCAGAACUUGUACAAGGCAAAUAGUGCAAUUUUUAACUAUGUGGUGUACCAGACCCACACGGAGCCUUCUCGCAUUUGCACUUUUGAACAGCUCGUGGACGUAUAUGGCAAACUGCAUUAUUAUCCCAAAGAGAAGAUCUUAGCUGGGUACAGUGACGUCCGUCCCGGCGACUGGACUAAUGUCCCGCCGCCCAUCUUCCUUGGUUCCGUUCCUCAGCUCCUUGACAUGGGACUCUUUGGCAUUUCCAAGUGGGUCGUCACCACUGCUGAUCAUAACCCUGAGAAUUAA